AUGAUUCUACCAAUCUUUGUUCUGUCCAUCUACAGUCUCUGGCUUGUGUCGCCCAGCGGCUCGCUUGCUAGGCAGACUAUCCGCCAUCAAGGUCCGAGAUCAUCCACGGGCAGCCUUCGAGCAGACUUUUUCCGUGCAAUUAUCAACGGUUCGAAUUACGGCAACCACAUCAAGGUGAAGACGCCGGAUGAUGUUCCGAUCAAAGUCGGCAUCAUAGGAGCCGGAGCGGCCGGCCUCUAUGCAGCCAUUCUGCUAGAGUCGCUUGGCAUUGAUUAUGAUAUCCACGAGGCGUCGGACCGCAUCGGUGGCAGAAUAUUCACGCAUCGCUUUGACCAAGACGCGUGGGACAAGUCGACGCCCGACGAGCCGGACUACUACGACUAUUAUGAUGUGGGAGCCAUGAGGUUCCCGCCAAUGACGCCGGGAUACAUGGAGCGCAUCAUCGGUGCUCACAACUGGAGUCUGAUUCCGUACAUCAACUCGCAUCCAAAUGUGGCGAGGAAGGACCAAGUCGUUCAGAUCCCCUUCGUCUUCAAGACCGACUCGACUUUCCGACUGUUCAACAACGUGCUAGCGUUCAACAACGAUUCUACCAGUCCCGAUCAAUUCCAUGUAGAGCUGAUGCGCAACAAUAGGACUGACCCCUUCAAUGAAUUUGGUGCUUCUCAUCUAUUUCGUGAGGCAAUCGACGACUUCAUGCAGACACUCAUCGACACCAAUGGGGACCUCAAUACGGAGGGAUGGAACCACCUUCUGGAACGUGACUCGUUGUCCGUAAGAGCUUAUCUGCUUAUGCGAGAUCACACCAUGGACGAAAUAGACUGGCUAGAGACAAUCAAUGAGGCCACCGGGCAUUACAAUGUAUACAGCUUACCGCAAGCCGUCCUAGAAGAAUGGAUGUUUUGGAGCACUAGUAUAGACAACUGGACCUGCAUCCGAGGGGGCAUGGACAUGCUUACCAAAGGAAUGACCCUGACUCUCAAGAGCAAGCCCAAGAUGCGGAACAAGGUUACUGACAUCAGGGCUGGAGACAAGAGCGCUCUCAGGGUGAUCAUCAAUCACACAGUUGAGUACCAAUAUUCUCACGUGAUUUCCACCGUGCCUUUAGGUCCGCUACAAGCCAUCAACAUGACGGAGCUCGAGCUUGGGUACUUCCGUAACAACGCAAUUAGGCUACUGAAGUGGGAGAAUCUUCCCAGCGGAGCCUUUCAAGGCGGGCAAUCAUUCACCGACCUGCCAAUCAGACGAUCUGUAUACCCCUCAUAUGGUCUCAACAUCACAGACGCCCCGGGCACGAUGAUCGGCUCCUAUGUGUGCGGGCAGGACGCUUCCAGGCUUGGUGCUUAUCUCAACCCUCAUAACCCCACGACACAAUCGCCGUACCUGCCUGGCGGCUUUGAGGAGCUUACCGAUCUCGUACUCCAAAACUUGGCUGCACUGAAUAAUGUCUCCUACCACUUUCUCCGUGACCAAUUUCUGGAGAUUCAUGCAUAUGAUUGGGACCAGUCCGAGGCAAGUCCUUUCUUCUCUAAUGGUGCUUUUGCCAUCUUCUCUCCCGGGCAGUUCAGCACGGUGAUGCCUCACCUGAUGGAACCAGCUUGGCAGGGUCACCUGCAUUUUGGAGGCGAGGCUUUGAGUUCGGGCCAUGCUUGGAUCAUUGGUGCUAUCAACUCUGCGUGGAGAACAGUGAUGGAGAUCCUGGACACAGAAGGGCUGGAAGAUAAAGCGGAGGAGCUGUUUGCAAUGUGGGGAGGCCCAAUCAACGAGGUCGAUAUGGGCUGGUAUGAUUUCAACACCAUGGGAUGGACCGACUACGGGGUGCAGCUUGGCAUUGUCCAGGCGUGA